CAAGCUCCCCUUUCCUCCCCCUUGGAAGAUAACCACUUCCCCAGGAAUUCGACGGUAGAUGUCUUGGAAGACCAGUCAGCUAUAUAAAGUGUGGGACUGGCCCAAGCUUGAUUGGGAGCAAGUAUAGCUACCUAGUAGCUCCUUGAUACCUUGUUCUUUCUCUGUUGUAGUAGGAAUCAGCACAGUCGAUCCGAUCAUCCAAUAUUCAGCAUGCAUUUGCGUGAGGCAUUUGUGGGCUCUUGCUAGCCACUCCCUCCCCCCGAAUCUACGCAAGGAGACGAGAGCCUUUUUUUGUGGAGGUAUUUAAUUCCCCGUGUCUUUUGGGAAGAACAGCUUUUUCACCUCUUUUUGGCUCCGCCAUUAUUUUUUUUUCUUUCCCAUCGACGACAGAUACCGGGUUCUCUUCAUCGGCUUAUAGAACAUUCCCAAACCGCAUGCCUCUCACCCACGAGCCGUCCAAGUCACCCCUGCGACGCUACCAUCACUAUAUCUAUAUCAUUGCCUGGGCGCUGGUGUCGUCGCUGGUUCUCUAUCUGGCCGGAGGGCUGUCGUACCUGGAUGCCUUGCUUCUCGCCUCCGGUGCAGCCACCCAGACGGGGCUGAACUCUAUCGACCUCAACCGACUGCAUGUGGUCCAGCAGGUCACCCUCUGGGGGGUGUCGAUGGUGACCAAUGUGAUCUUCAUCAACUCGCUGCUCGUCGUGAUUCGGCUCUACUGGUUCCGCAAGCGGUUCCGCGGCGUUAUCCAUGAAGCCAAAGUGCUAUGCCGCACGCAGCGGAACAAAUGGAAUCAAGGCCUGCUGCUGGAAGGAGGGAUCGAGAACCGGCCUCCCCCUCCUCCUCCUGUUCCUCGAACGAUUUCGGCUGAGAGACCCGCCGAGGAGCAACCUCUGUUAGAGGUGGGCGAUGGCGAGGACCGAACCUCCGAGUUGAUCGGUUACUCCUCCGGCCGGAGGUAUGGCGCUGCGGCGGCGGGAUCAACGAGUCCGCACAUCACCUUCUGUGACUCGGAGGCCGAGUAUGAGAUCAAACACCACCAUCGCCGGUCGAUGUCCGGGACGCGCUCGCGGCGCUCGCUGUCGGAGUAUGACUCGCCGGUGCUCCAACGGUCGUGCCACGAUCUCGACGCCCUGCCGGCGCUGCUGUGGCAGUCGUCGAUCGCCAGCUACGCGGACUGGGACGAGGCGCAGAAGGAGGAGCUGGGCGGGAUCGAGUACCGGGCGCUGAAGACGCUGUUCGUCAUCCUCGUGUGCUACUUCGUGGUGUUCCACGUGCUGGGGAUCGUGCUGUUCCUGCUGUGGGUGCUGCCGAACCGCCAUUACAGCCAGGUGCUCGCGGACGCGGGCAUCAGCCGGCCGUGGUGGGCGAUCUUCACGGCCGGGUCGGCCUUCAACGACCUGGGGUUCACCCUGACGCCGGACUCGAUGGAUGCGUUCCAGACCGCGGCGUUCCCCCUCCUCGUGAUGACCUUCCUCGUGGUCGUCGGCAACACGGGCUUCCCGUGCAUGCUCCGCUUCAUCAUCUGGACGCUCUCGCAGUUCACCACGUACGGGUCCCCGCUGGACGACGAGCUGGAGUACCUGCUGGAACACCCGCGUCGGUGCUUCACGCUGCUGUUCCCCAGCGCGGAGACGUGGCGACUGUCGGCCACCCCGCAAAACCCCACCAUCACCCCGGGCCUCCGGCUAGUCAACGGCCUCUUCCAAAUCGCCUCGACCCGCACCGCCGGCUUCAGCAUCACCCCGCUGACGACCCUGCACCCGGCCACGCAAGUCUCCUUCCUGGUGAUGAUGUACAUCUCCGCCUUCCCGAACGCGAUCGCCAUCCGCAAGACCAACGUCUACGAAGAACGCAGCCUCGGCAUUUUUUACAACGACGACACCCUCUCAUCCGCCUCGGAUGCACAGCCCGCCCACCCCUCGGCGGACUCGCUGGCCGCCCACAUCCAGCGCCAGCUGGGCUUCGACCUCUGGUACGUGAUGCUGGGCUUCUUCCUGAUCGCCGUGGCCGAGGGCCCCCGGCUGCAGGCGCGCGAGGCGGACGACCGCGACGCGUUCGCGCUGUUCCCCAUCCUGUUCGAGAUCGUGUCCGCCUACGGCACCGUGGGCCUGUCACUGGGCUACCCGGGCGCGGAGACGAGCCUGUGCGGCCAGUUCUCGGGCCCCGCGAAGGCGAUCAUCAUCGCCAUGCAGUGGACUGCAAUUUAUGCGGAGUGGAGAUGGUGGUGGUGGUGUAACAAAGGCAACCACCCAUUCAGUGGACCAAGCAUGGACCCCGGAUCGUCAGCUGUCAGUCCGCAACAGCGUGCCACGUACAGGGAAGGGCAUCGAACAAGCAUUUGGCAGUCAGAUAGCCCGAUAGCCAACAGAAGUCAAGAUCCAGACACCCUCAACUCCAACCGGGAAUGAAUCGGCCUGAAACACCCUGUCCCUUCUUUCCCCCCCCCUGGCGUAAUUCCGACCGGAGCAUACCGUACCUUGUGCAUAUCCUUCUAUGUCUACG